CCUGUGUUUUUGUCGAUUCACUCCGCUAGCUUUUUUGCGCGUGAAACUGAUCCUCGUGGGGUCAGUCACAAAACACCUUUUCUUAUUAUUAAUAAGAUAACGACAACAUGCAUUUGUUGGAAACUACUUGGACAAAGCAUUUCAGCAGCAUAUAUUUUGGUAAAAUGAAGUUGGAAAUGUAAAUGUGGGUAUUUUCCACUACCUCGGCGCUACAAUGGUAUCAGUUCAAUCUGGUAAGACUGUUUUUUCAUUGGAUUUACUUUUGAUAUGGAUAUUUUCCGCUAUAUCAGUAUCAACGAUCAAAGCAGGGUUGGACAGCAGGCCUGAAGAAGACUGUCCGCUGGGUCACUUUCCAUGUGGCAAUGUGAGCAUUUGUCUGCCACAGGUUCUUCACUGCAAUGGCCAAAACGACUGUCCUAAUGGAGCCGAUGAGGACAACUGUGGGGAUAACAGUGGCUGGGCAGACCUCUUUGACCAGACAUUUAAACGAGUUCAUCCACAAGAGCUUGCUACAGACUGCCAUGUGGAGCAGUACCCUCAUCGCUGCCAGUGCAUUAACACCGAGGUUCACUGCGUUCGUGUCAGUUUGAAUUCCAUCCCGCAGGUGUCAACAAAUGUUACCUCCCUGUCUUUGAAAAGCAAUGAGAUUCGGAUAGUACCCGACGAGGCUUUCAUCAAAUACACACAACUACAGAGGCUUUUCCUCCAGGAUAAUUGCAUUGCCACUGUUUCCACUCAGGCCUUUAGUGGAUUAUACAAGCUACAGAAACUAUCAUUGAGCCAAAACUGCAUCUCUUUGCUUCCUCCUGGUGUGUUCAGGGAUCUUCAUAAACUCAAGUGGUUAAUUUUGGAUGACAAUCCUAUAACUACAAUUACAGCAAACACAUUUACCGGCCUGAAUUCCCUCUUUUUUCUAUCAAUGGUGAACACCUCUAUAGGGCAGCUGCCUUCUGACAGACUCUGCACCCACAUGCCCUCCCUCAGCUGGCUGGACUUUGAGGGGAACGUUAUAAAGACUGUGGGCAUGUCAACGUUUCUCACUUGUGAACAUCUAACAGUGCUGUCACUGAGGGAUAAUCUCAUCAAGAAUUUGCCGGAAAACACUUUCCAUGCCCUGCGCAUGCUGGGAGACCUGGAUCUGUCUAUUAAUCUAAUACAGGCACUGCCAAUCAAUAUAUUCAGGGAUUUGUCAUCCUUGCAAAUUCUGAAUCUCUCUCAAAACCCACUGGACCAUAUCCACCCAGGUCAAUUCAACCAUCUAGUUCAGCUGCAGUCUCUUGGCCUGGAGGGAGUGGAGAUACCAAACAUCCAGACACUAAUGUUUCGGCCAAUGAAUAACCUCUCCUACAUUUAUUUCAAGACGUUUCAGUACUGCUCGUACGCCCCACAUGUCCGGAAGUGUAAACCGAACUCAGACGGGCUCUCUUCUUUCGAAGAUCUGCUGGCUAACGUCGUCUUGCGUGUGUCUGUGUGGGUCAUAGCUUUCAUAACCUGUUUUGGGAACCUCUUCGUCAUCGGGAUGCGGACAGUCGUACGUGCUGAAAACAACUUGCAUGCUCUCUGCAUUAAAGUUUUGUGCUGUGCAGAUUGCCUGAUGGGGGUCUAUCUGUUCUUCGUGGGGAUCUUUGAUGUGAAGUUUCGCGGCGAGUACAACAAGAACGCCAAGCUUUGGAUGGACAGCCUGGAGUGUCGCACCAUUGGUUUCCUGGCUAUGCUGUCGUCUGAAGUUUCCGUCAUGUUGCUCACCUACUUGACCAUGGAGAAAUUCCUGGUUAUCGUUUUUCCUUUUAGCCACCUGCGACCAAACAAGCGUCAAACGUGUGCUGUCCUGACCUCCAUAUGGCUCCUGGGUCUCUUCAUAGCUGCCGUGCCUCUCCUCAAUGAGGAGAUGUUUGGGAAUUACUACGGACACAAUGGAGUAUGUUUUCCACUUCACUCAGAGCGUCUGGAAAAGCCAGCUGCUAAAGGAUAUUCCACUGGAAUUUUUCUUGGACUUAACCUGGUGGCCUUCCUCAUCAUUGUCAUCUCGUACUCCAGUAUGUUUUACUCCAUCUAUAAGACGGGCAUCAAUGCCACAGAGCUGCGUGGACGGCUGCACAGGGAUGUAGCCAUGGCGCACCGUUUUUUCUUCAUUGUGUUCUCUGAUGCCCUCUGCUGGAUUCCCAUAUUCCUUGUCAAAAUCCUCUCCCUGCUGGAAUUUAAGAUACCAGGAACCAUCACGUCAUGGGUGGUGAUCUUUAUCCUCCCCAUCAACAGUGCCUUAAAUCCCAUCCUCUACACACUGACCACCAGCUUCUUUAGAGAGCAGGUGGAACUUUUAUGGUGCCAUUGGCAAAGACAACCAAAGCUUAAACCAGACCGUAAAAGCCUCACCAGCUCUGUUAUCUACAUGGACCCAUCAAGAUCUUCCUACUACCAUCGUGGCUACAAUACACAAACAUCUAUCUUAGACAGUAAUGCCAGUUAUAGAUGAAGAUGCUCUCAUACAUGGAGUGGAACAUAAGCGCAGGAGGCUUUAAAGGCAUUUUUUAAAGCUCCCUGGUGUUGCUCUGACAAAUCUCAGUGUCAAGGACUGAGAUCCAGACAGUCGUCUGUGCUUGAUCAUGUACCUGAAGAUGUUAUGGUGGGACAUUGCUAUUGAACAAAAAAGCAAGACACGGUUCUAGACUGUUGCCAAAAGUUAAAGGGAUGAUCUUCUAUCAC